GAGUACAAGAGAAGGAAUACAACUAUGAUCAUCUCUCUCUCUCUCUCUCUCUCUAUAUAUAUAUAUGUGUGUGUGUGUAUCUGCUGAGUUGUGCUAAUCAAGUGUCCUAAAAUGAAGACAUACUGUCAUAGUCGUAGAACAAAGAAUACCCGACAUUUGCCACAAGAAUUGAUCAUUCAAAUCUUGUUAAGGUUGCCGGUCAAGUCUCUUGUUCGUUUCAAGUGUGUGUGUAAGUCAUGGCUCUCCCUUAUCUCUGAUUCACACUUUUCUCUGUCACAUUUUGAACAAACUGCCACACGAACAGAGAGACUUGUGUUCUUCGAGCCUUCAGCUAUGGAAGUCCGAUCCAUAGACUUCAAUGCACCCCUUUAUGAUGACUCUGCUUCUGCUGUAUUAAACCUCAACUUUUUGCCCCCAAAACCUUAUGAUGUCCGAAUCCGAGGUUCCUGCAGGGGUUUCGUACUUUUGGAGUGUUGUCAAAGUCUCUGGAUGUGGAAUCCGUCCACUGGGGUCCACAAACAACUAUCUUCCUCACCUAUUAUGCCCAAGGAUCCUAUGCUUCUGACAUUUCUCUUCGGUUUUGGGUAUGAUCCGUCAACAGAUGACUACUUGGUGGUGAAAGUGUUGCGCAUGGCAUUCUCAUGUGUUAGUGCUAACCGUGUUGAAAUUUUCUCUGUAAGAGCUAAUGCGUGGAAAGAGAUUGAGGGCAUUAAUUUCUCGUAUUUGAACUGCUUUAAUGAUAUCAAAGUUGGGUUGCUCUUCAACGGUGCUCUUCAUUGGCUGGUUGAUCGUUAUGAUUUAGGAAAGAAUGUUAUUGUUGUCUUUGAUUUAAGAAAAAGGAGUUUUUCAGAGAUAUCUCUUCCACGUGACUUUGAGUGGGACUAUAACACUUUUGAUUUGGUGGUACUUGGAAAAAUUCCCAGUCUAUGUGUUGUAGGGUGUUGCUCUCCAGCAGAAUUAUGGGUGAUGGAAGAAUACAAAGAUCACUCAUCUUGGACUAAGACUAUUGUUGUGUCUGUUGAUGACAUUCCCACUAAAUACUUCUCUCCAAUUUGCUCUACAAAAUGUAAUGAUAUUGUUGGGAUAGAUGGGAGUACUGGAUUGGCAAAAUGUAGUGACAAGGGAAAGGUGCAAGAGCAGAGAUAUUGGAGCAGUUCAUAUACAUCCGAGGUGGCUGUCUACAAAGAGAAUCUAGUUACACUCUUGUCACAGAGGCGAUCCUGUUUCAGUCCAUAUAGAUUGCAGGUGGCUGUGUAUAUAGAGUCUCUACUGUAAUCAAAUUCUUCUGUGCAUGGUGAACAAAAUUCUUCUGCUGUAAUAAAGCAUGAAAAGGUAAAAGGCUGAAUGGUGAAACAGCUUUUCAUCAUGCUGUUAUUUUGUUUUGCUGGCACGAUAUGUGGCCAAGCUUUGAAUGCCGACAAUAAGUUGAUUGUUGACGCAGUUCAUAGAUACAAUGUUACCGAUAAUGGUGAUGUUCAAUUUAGUGUAAGCUACAUGAGAAGGCAAUCAUUUCCAUGUACUUUUGUGUGCAUUA